UAAUUGAAUUGUAAUAUAAUGGAGGACUACCAGUUUGUUACUAAAAUAGGAAGCGGAGCUUUUGGCUCAGUUUACAAAAUUUAUGAUCAGAAGAAAAAGAAGUAUAGAGCUGUUAAGAAAUUUAAGAGAAGAUUUGUAACUGUUGAAGAGUGACAAGAAGAAAUUGAAGUAGAGGUUUUACCAAAGCUCAAGCACCCUAAUAUAGUUGGGUUACAGAAGAUAAUUUAUCAAGAUGAGCUGCUGUAUCUUGUCAUGGAACUAGCUCAAACUGAUUUGGCUAGAUACUUCUCUCAGCUCAGAAAAGACAAUGUCAUCUUGAUGGAGGAUCAAAUAAAGAAGAUGAUGAAACAGAUUGUUACUGGAGUCUUGGCAAUCCAUGAGAAAGGGUACAUGCACAGAGACUUAAAGCCUGAAAAUAUAUUGCUCUCUGAUGAUAAUACUCUGAAAAUAGGGGAUCUUGGCACGGCUAAGAAAUUAAGCGAACAAUUCCCAUUUACUAAUUAUGUUUCAACAAGAUGGUAUAGAGCACCUGAAUGAGUAAUCAAUUCGACAAAAUACUCACCAGCUGUAGAUGUGUUUGCUCUAGGAUGCAUAAUGGCAGAGAUGUACACUCUAAAGCCUGUAUUUUGAGGGAGUUGAGCUAAGGAUCAGUUGAAGAAAUACUGAACCAUCUUAGGAACGCAGAACUUUGAAAACUGGGAAGAAGGAGCUGCUGUUGUAAAAGAAAAAGGAUUUAUACUCGACAAAUAUUAUCCAGAAUGUCUCAGUGAAACCUUAAAGUCAGCAUCUCUAACAGCUCUUGAUUUACUUCGUUCUUUACUUCAGUUUGAUCCUUCAAAGAGGAUAAAGAUAUCAGAAAUCCUUCAGCAUGACUUCUUCUCACAAGAAAAAAACUAAAGCAUUCACUGAC